AUGGGACAGAGCAGGAAUGUCACAGAAUUUGUCCUCCUUGGCCUCAAUCAGGAUCCUGUUCUACAAACAGCACUCUUCGUAAUGUUUUUAUUUAUCUACAUUGUGACAAUUGUGGAAAACCUGCUCAUUAUAGUGACAGUUAUUGCCAGCCCCUCCUUGGACUCUCCAAUGUACUUCUUCCUAGCCUGUUUUUUCCUCCUGGACGCUGUUUAUGCCACUGUCAUCUCUCCCAAUUUGAUCAUGGACUUAAUCUGUGACAAAAAGACCAUCUCCUUCUCAUCCUGCAUGGGACAGCUAUUUACAGAGCAUUUAUUUGGUGGAGCUGAUGCGUUCCUUCUGGUGGCGGUGGCCUGUGAUCGCUAUGUGGCCAUCUGUAAACCACUGCACAAUGUGGCCAUCAUGAAUCGAAGAAUUUGCAUACUCUUGGUAGUGGUGGCCUGCACUGGGGGAUUCACACACUCUUUGGUUCAAAUUCUCUUUGUUUAUAACCUUCCUUUCUGUGGUCCUAAUGUCAUUGACCACUUCAUGUGUGACAUGUAUCCGUUAUUAGGACUUGUGUGCACUGACACCUAUUUCCUUGGCAUCACUGUAGCUGCCAGAAGGCACAAAGCCCUGUCCACCUGCACCUCCCACAUCAUGGUGGUUGUCUGCUUUUUCGUCCCCUGUAUUUUCAUGUAUGCUAGACCUGUUUCCAACUUUCCUAUUGAUAAGUCUAUUGCUGUUUUUUAUACAGUCAUCACUCCCAUGUUGAAUCCCUUGAUAUAUACCUUGAGAAAUUCUGAAAUCAAAAAUUCUAUGCAAAAGCUCUGGUGUAAGUUGUUAACCAGAGAUCGAAUAAGACGGUUUCCUGGAUGA